CUCAGUCGGGUCUCCCACACCUGCGCGCAUGGCAAGUGGUGCAUUCAGGCAGCCUAGUGGACCCGUCCCGCGCACGCACCCUCACGGCAGAAAACAGAGCAUAGCAGCUGUGCAAGCAGAAGAUCUUUCUGCUGCUUUCGCUCUGGGCGCGCCUGGGAUGCCUGCCAGCAGUGCUCCCUCUAGCGCUGCUUCUCCAAUCACGGAGAAAGAGCCUGCAUCUCCAUCCUUUUCCAACGAACCUUCGACGCCUAGAGCGAUUGGUCAUGCUUUCUAUCAAGCUGGGCAAGGAGCAAACGAUACGAUGGAGUCUGUGCUCAGGGAUGAUAUCUCUGCGUGGUCCAGGCCGGGUAUCGGGCGGGGCGGAAGCGGACAAAGCAGCGGCAACAGCAGCGGUCUGGACGUUAGCACGCCCACCUCCUCCUCGUCAGCAAGCACGCCGUACGGAGCUCCCAAAUCUUCGCCGCUCUUUCCAUCUGGUCGUUCGUAUGCGCCGGGCACCAUCAGCCUGCUGUGGAGCUUUGCGCAGUUUGGAGGAGAAUUCAAGGUGGACGAAUCUUUGAUCAAGCCGGGAGAGUUUGAGCAGGUAAAAAAGAGGUUGGCGAUGGAUCGCACCAUUGGUGGAGGGCAUCUGGCUUCUUCGUUCGGGGGCGCACACGGCACAGGCGGGGGCGGUGGGAGCGGCGCUCAGUUCGAUGGCGGAGAUGAGGAUGCGCAGAAAGCUGGGUGGGGCACUUACCUCUCUUCGGCGCUCUUCUCUAGACCUGCGAGGCGGGCGCAUGGGAGGAGCGUUAGCUCCAUUGGCGAUAGACAGGCGAGGACGCUGCAGAACAGGGCUGUGCCGCUGUUUUCCAGCCCCCCGUCCAUUGUUGCGGUAGAUCUAGAGCUGAAGCCGGGCGAGAGCCGGAGUUAUUCAUUCAGGAUACCCUUGCCAGCUGAUCUUCCGCCUAGCUACACCGGUCGAGCUAUCUCCUUCACGUAUACGCUGACGCUGGGAACGAAUCGAGUGGAUCAUGCUGCCCCUCGAUCGGCUGGAUCGAAUGGACGUUUUGCACAAUCGCAAGGCUCGAAGCAGCAACAGAGGUCCCGUCUGAUCAGGAUACCGCUGCGCAUCUACAACCACGUCAGCGUCAGUGGAGCUACGCACUUCUUCGACUUGACUAAUCCCGUAGUGUAUAGGAAAGAUGAGUCGGUGGUCAGAGAGGAGCUGGAUGACAUGUUGGUGACGCCUACGUUGAGGAGUCCACCGGUAGCCAACGGUCCGAGGCAGGAUCUGGCAGCGGAGCGCUCCAGAGCCAAGUCGCAAGGCCGAGAGCAAGCGUUUGGAAAGUCUGAGUUCGAAGAGUAUGCAAGGGAUCUGCUGCUUUCGACUCGCGCGAAUGAGGCCGCUCUGGAUGACGAGGAUGCACCUACUGAUGUAGAGGCUGCAGCGUCGGCGGCAGCGUCGGCAGCCCGUGACCUCUUGUUCGCGCCCGAUCCCACUGCAUCGCCUCCAACAUCCAGAAAGUCGCUGUCGAGGUCUUCGUCUAUGAACUUGCCUAGACCUACUUCUCCGCUGGGCAGAAGGGCUAGCGUGGCUGCCUCGGCUGCUGGCGAAGAGGAUGAUGGACCAAAGACGAGCAUGGAAGCUGUCGAGCACCUGUCGCGCAACUCGCAGAAAGUGUCCUACGACAUUUCGAAAGACGGACAAAUUGUGGCCGUCUUGACUCUGAUCAAGUCCAAGUAUCGCCUGGGAGACACGGUGUCUGGAGUAGUGACGAUGAACCGGUCGGGCAGCGUGGCUCGAGUGGUCCGAAUAGCAGCGACGCUGGAAUCGCACGAAGCCAUUCAAUCGGAUCUGUCCACCUUGCCGCAGAAUAGGGUGGCAAAAAUGACCAAAGUUGUGCACUCGGAAUGCCACCAGUCCACGUUGGACUCUGGUCAAGCCAGCUUCGCUCUGCCCAUCCCUAGCGGUGCUACGCCCGACUUUGUGACGAGUGCGGUCAAAAUCAAUUGGACUGUUCGACUUUCCUUUUUGACCUUGGCAUGCGUCCGACCUAGCAAAGGAGGACCUAGAGGAGCGCCACCUUCCCACCUGAUUCCCGUCGAGUCGGAUGGGUACGAGCACUUUCACGCUUCGCUCGUAGCCGUGCCUCACCUCUCUGGUCCUCUGCAUCCCUCGUUGAUGCCGACGACGACAUCCAAGGAGGAGGAGAGCGGCGGCGCUUCGAUGCGAGCGCCUGAAGGAACAAAGUUGGAGGUGGUGGAGUGCGCAGUGCCGCUCAACGUCUUGCCGCACUCUACCAGAUUUCAACCUGGCGCUGCUUCGGUCUUUGCUUAGGAAGAUCAGCAAAUCACGAAUGCGAACCCCCCCC